AAAAUCACAUACACAUAGGCCUACAUAAAAAUAUUAAGUCAAAUAGGUUGUAAGUGUUAUGAGAUAUUACCCAGAGAACCUAUACAUGUUUAGCCAAACACACAAUAUACGCUAAGCGUUUAACGGCCUGAAAGUGACUUUCAGACUCAAUAUAUGAGAUCAAGAGGUCUAUAAGUGCCCUAGAGAACGUGCAGGCGGGUCCAACUCAGUUUGAGGAAGUUCUCAUCUCAUCCGCACCGUUCAGAAGGCUUCUCAUAUUCAAGCGCGCGCCUCUCUGACCGUUUUCUUAAGUGCGCUCGCUCCAUCCAGACCACAACACCAGAGAGCGGCUGUCCUUUCUGCUAUUACGGGCGGGUUAGCUACAUAUUCAGCGGCUCAAGGGGAACCGGGGUAGGCCUAAGGCCGGUUGUGCAAAAAUGGGAGCCUCUUCUAGUGUUCUGGACGAAACUAAAGCAAACUACAUUAAAGGCCAUGCGGAGGCGAAGCUGAAGAACUUCAGUCCUCACUACCGACAGCAGGCCCUGCAGGCCAGGGUGCAGCUGCUGCAGGAGGAGGCGGAGCCUCGCAGGGAGGGGCGGGACCAGCUGCUGACUCCCAAGGAGACGAGGGGCUCAGAGGAGUUGUUGUACCACAACAGUGUGAAUUGCCAGUGUGAUGACAGCAGGAAGUGGAAGGAGAAGUUUGUGGUUGUCAGGGGAAACCACACACUGGAACUCCACGACACCCAGGAGAGCUUCAGCAGAGGGACCCCUGCCAGACACAGUCAGAGUUUAACAGGAGGGGCGGCGAUGACCUCAGAGGACACAUACUCUGCUCUGCUGGACAGGGUCUUUCCUGACCCCAACGGUGUGAAGGAGACCCAGUCUGUGGUUCCUGCAGGAUGGUUCCCUGUGUUCCUGUGUCUCCCCUACAGUCCAGACAUCUUCUUCUCCUUCAGACAGGAAGAGCAACAAGCCCACUUUCUGUCCAUCCUAAACACCUGCAUCAGACACCAGAAUCUUGGCUGGCGUGAGGGCCCCAGAGGGGAGGUGCUGGCCCUGCAGAGAGCCCUGCUCUUCUACAGGCAGGAGAAACACCACUACGAGUGCUGGGAGCUGGAACUGGGCUCUGACCUGCAGGUGCUGUCUAACCUGGUGAUGGAGGAUCUGCUCCCGUCCCUCCAGACUGACCUGCUGCCCAGACUGAGAGGCAGGAGGAGGCUGUGGACGUCUGUAGUGCAGGCAGCGUACCAAUUGGUCCAGGAGCAGCUGGGGGCGGGGCUAGAGGCCCUGAAGGAGGAGUGUCGCCAAACGGCCUUGGCCAAUCAGACGCUCAUACGCUCCGACCUUGACCAGAUCCUGGCCUCGCGAGCCUUCUUACAGGACAAGCUGUCAGAGUGUGUGUUUGUUUCAGCGGAGCGUGUGUGCAGCACCAGUGUGGCCCCCUGCCUGCCAUCCCUCCUGGAGGAGGUGAGGGGGGGCGUCAGGGGGGGCUUCCUGGCCCUGCGGCGCCACCUGGAGGAGGGGAUGACCUCCGCAUGCCUCGCACUGGGAGAGGGGGCGCAGGGGGGGCCGGAGCAGGUCACCAUGGUAGUGUCUCCCCUCUCCUCUGCCAGUCUGGAGCAGUGCUACCAGCCGGUGGAGCAGCUGAGGGAGAAGCUUCAAGACCUCCGCCAGAGAUUCAGAUACUCCAACUGCCAGCGGCUCAUCCACACCACGCAGAUAGACAUGCAGCAGCUGAUGGAAAGUGCUGUUCACACCUUUGAGCUACUGGUCCAGUCAGAGCCACCAGCUCAGUGGAGCUCUACUGUGGAGAAGAUCAAGCUGCGCGUGCUCAAGCUGUAUGACCACGACAGCCGCUUGGCUCUGAAGAGGAUCCUAAAGGAAGCUCUGACUGACAUCACACUUCCUGUCCUACGCAGGAACUUGGCGCCCACCUGUAAACCUGAGCUGCAGAAGUUCGAGCAGUUUAUCUUUGCUGACUACAGCCAGCUCAUCCAGGUGGAGAACGUGUAUGAAGACCUUCUACUCUGCCUGAUCACCAAGGAGAUCGACAAGGUGAUGCUGGCAGCAGUCAGUGAGAAGAACAACCAUCUCCAGGUGGACAGUUCCAACCAAGCCAUCAGUCAGACCAGCUUGUCUUGCUACUCUGACCCUGGCCUUGACCCCAACCCUGACCCCAUCCCUGACCCCAGUCCUAACCCUGACCCCAGUCCUGACCCCAGUCCUAACCCUGACCCCAGCCUCGGUUCAAAACCCAGACUUGACCCCUGCCCUGACCCUAUCCCUGACCCCAGUCCUAUCCCUGACCCUAGUCUUGACCCCAGUCCUAACCCUAGUCUUGACCCCAGUCCUAACCCUGACCCUAUUCUUGACCUCAGCCCUGGCCCCAGUCCUAAUCCUGACCUUGACCCUAGUCUUGACCCUAGUCCUGAUCCUGUCUCUAUCCCUUCCUGUCCUCAACCCACCUCUGACCUCCAGCCUGCCUCUCUCAAGUCUGAGGAGCUGUCUGACCCCAGCCCCUCCCCUGCCUCCCCCCCAGCCCCCCUCCCUGAGUUCUCACCUCAGGACCAGAUUCCAGCAGCUCCCUCUGCUGUGGGAGAGACACGCACAGGAUGUGAGGUCAUCGCUACAGGAUGUGAUGUCAUUCCUACAGGAUGUAAUGUCAUUGACAUAGUGACUGACAGUCUUGCUUCCCUGUCUGCCAAUGCGCCCCCUACUGGCCAGAGACAAGCUACUGACAGAGCAGUGUACCUUAACCCUCCUAAAGCACACCCUGAAACACGGCACAGUGGUACGAUCCAAUAUGCCACCCCCAAAAGUGACAGUGGUAUGGUCCAAGAUACCACGCCCAUGAGUGAAAGUGGUACGGUCCAAUCUGACACCCCCAUGAGUGACAGUGGUACGGUCCAAUCUGACACCCCCAUGAGUGACAGUGGUACUGUCCAAUCUGACACCCCCAUGAGUGACAGUGGUACGGUCCAAUCUGACACCCCCAUGAGUGAUAAUGGUACGGUUCAAUCUGACACCCCCAUGAGUGACAGUGGUACGGUCCAAUCUGACACCCCCAUGAGUGACAGUGGUACGGUCCAAUCUGAUACCCCCAUGAGUGAUAAUGGUACGGUCCAAGAUACUUCCCCCACCAGUGAAAGUGGUACGGUCCAAUCUGACACCCCCAUGAGUGAUAGUGAUGCAGUCCAAGAAACCACCCCUAUGAGUGAAAGUGGUACAGUCCAUUCUGAAUUCCCCAUGAGUGAUAGUGGUACGGUCCAAUCAGGAGAGACCGGUUCUGAGGGAGAGGAGCCAUCCUCCCCAUUGGACAGUAUCAAGCAGAUCAGAGAGCUGGUGGUGGAGGUGAUAGAGGUGGAGGACCUGGUGUACAGGCGUCCCCAAGGCAACAACACAGUCUGACCCGGCUUUGUCAUGGCAACUGCACAGCCUCAACCCACAGCGUUGUUGCGGCAACAUCACCACCUGACCUGGCCACGUUCAUGUUGUCUUUAACCAUCAACGUAACAAUUGUACAAUUUUAGACUUCUAUAUAUAUUAUAUAUAUGUAAAAAAAUAAAAAAAAAAGCGUAAAACCCCUCCGUACUGACGUCAAUUUUGUUCCGUAAUAAAAAAUUACAAAUAAAGUUCUCA